AUGAGUGACGAGGAGUAUGGACGGGAGGGCGACGGGGUGGGGGCGAGGGAAGAUGGUGGCGGGAAAGAGGUGCAUUUGGCUCGGGGGGAUGGCAGUGGGGUAUGGCGAGGAUGCCGUUGUAGAGCAAGUGAUCUCAAUUAUGAGAGGGAUCGACAAUCUACGAAGGGCCUGGCCGAGCGGGACCCCCAUGAUCGGCAACCAGUCACGUCGAGGAUGCCACCGAGACGGAGUCUGCGUACCGCGCAGACGACGAAGGAAGCCCCCAUCAACGAUACGAUACUUGCGUCGGGAUACUCGGCUGACUCCAUACAGCCCACACCAGCUACCAAACCCUCAAGCGAACACCCCCUUUUCCACCACCAAGAUGUCACGCUCAUUCUCGCGAAACACUUGGACCUCCCCUCCGCCCUCAGCUUCGCCAGAGUUUGUCGAGCGUUCGAGGCUGUCUCUAACCGUCGGAUCUGGCGGGAUGUCGACUUCAGUCUUCCCUAUAUCCAUCGGGGCAGACCCGGGAUGAUGCAGUCCCCAGGCGCCGCAAAGGAAGCGGAAGAUGAGCUUCAGAGAGAGAGGCUCAGAAUCAAAGAGAAGGCGGACCGGGUGUGUGGGCAGCUUCAAGCCAAGGGGAGCUUCAUCAGAAUAAUCACGUGGUCGUGCGACGGGGUCGGAGUGGAUGCUAUCCUGGAGGUUCUAGAGGCGGCCGCGAGUAACGUCGAAUCGCUCGAGGUCUCGUCCCAGCAGAACAUGGGGGAACUAUCGGAGGACUAUGCCCCUUUCUGCGACAUCCUGGUCGCCGAUGGGGACCCUUUUGCAUUCGAUCGCCUCACUACCCUCAUACUCGGCGCCAAUGCGGUUGAAACGGUCGACACCAUCCCCCACCUACUCGACUCAUGGCCCCACCUCUCCACUUUGGACAUCACUAUCGGUCGAUUCAGGACAUACGAGUCACCCAAGCCAUCGGCACAUCGUCCCUUCCCUGCUCCCAAUCUGGUCGUCAAAUCUACAACUCUCCGUCGAAUGCGGAUCGCCAUCUCCGAGGGGAUCACGCCGGGACGCGUCCCGGAACCCUCAUACGAUCCGGCGGUCGAUCCGCUCGAGACCGUCCUCUCUUUGCUACGGCAUAGCAUUCACCUUCGCCAGCUCAGCCUGGACUUCGAUCCGGCGUACCACAAUCGGGCUGACGCGGUACUUGCCGCCCUCGACGGCCUCGGCCACCUCACCGACCUUUACUGGGCGGGACUGCUGCGGAGCAAUUACGGCCGACGGGAGGCAAAGCACAACAAGACUUAUCGAUUGCCCAAAACACUCAUGGCGCCUGGUGGCGGGCAGGUUCAGCGUUUGACGCUGAGGUUUGGUCAGUGGAAGUUCCCGAGGUACGAGUGGUGCGGUCUGGAGAACGUCGAAACCGUCAACCUAGACUGCAGUGCUCGGACCGACAACAGCACUCCUGAUCCUCUCGGGGACCUCUGCCUUGGCUUUGCCACCUGGCUCAAGACCCAUUCUCGGCUCCACAGCAUCUACUACAUCGCCUCCAUCUCUGCCAACGAUACUCUACGGGUGUUUAACCACCUGGACUCCAUCGUCGGAGGCAUCACCCCGACCAUACAAAUCCGAGCUUAUCGACACGGCGGGGAAGAAUGCUUUCAUAUCACGGCCAUGGUUCAAUCGGUCAAUCCUCUUUCCAACUCGGACUCGGACUCGGACUCCGACUCCGACUCGAGAAUGCCAAAACCCGUGGAUAUCCUCUAUACCGCCGGGUACCCAGCCGCAAUGAGCGGUGCACCGCUCGUCGCGCAUGAGCGCACCCACUACGCCUGCUCGACUGACCCGUUGGGGCGUGACAAGGCGGUUUUGAUUGGGCGGAUUUGGGCGGGGCCGGGCAAUAUCGCUGAGCGAAAAGGCUGGGUCAUGUGCAAAGGCCUCCGCUGGUAUCCGAUCCCAGUACAUAACAUCCUCGUGUGGCCGGGAGCACAGCCCCAGUCUCCAGGUGACCUGCUCCGCUCGGCGAGCUCGGACGUAAGGAAUGCGGUGCAACCCAAAAUCACCUUGCGUCCAAGCGACUUGACAUCCUUUUGCGAGAUGACCGAAGACUCGCCGCUCAUGAGCGCGCCGGCAGCGGGGCCGGAGGCAGAGGCACCGCCCGAGGGCAAAGGACAAAUCGAUACCGAUCCCAACCUCUCUAUGAGUAGCCUCUCCCUCAAUCUCGACGACCCCCCUCGGACACCCACUCCCUUCCUCAGCGAAGAUAUCCUUAUUUCCGUCGCAAACCAACUCGACCUCCCUUCGGCGCUCAGCCUCGCGCGAGUCAAUCGCAUUUGCGCGAGGGCCGCUCAGUAUCGCAUAUGGCGGGAUAUCAAUCUCGCCUAUCCCUCGUAUGACGCGUCGGCGCUGUCGCCCGCAAAGAUUGCGGCGGACAAGGCGAGGUUGAACGAGAGGGUCUCAAUGAUCCGAGCGCAAGCUGGAGACAAGGGGACCUUUGUCAGGAGCGUUACAUGGUCGUCGCAGGCGGUCUGGGCGGAGGCGAUAAGGGACGUUCUGGAGGCUGUCGCGGAUAGCGUCGAAUCCAUCGAGGUCUCAGUCCGGGCCAGGGAGCCAGGAGACGUCAAGCGGCCUCGCCACGUCCCUCCUUUCGACGCAAUCCUGGACGCUGAGCCGCAGCUGCACCGCUUCGACAAGCUCACAUCGGUCAUCAUGGGCUCGGACUCCAUCAGGCUAUCGGGCUUCAUUCCUGCUCUUCUCGACGUAGCUCCCAACAUCUCCACUUUGGACAUCCGCACCGACCUACUUCCCCUCUCCCGCAUGACCGGUCCGACCCCCCAAUUCACAUACUCUACUCCUCGACUCAUCACUCGUCCCACGAAGCUCCAGCGGCUGGGACUCUACCUGUCGGAACCGUACCAGACAUCAUUCCCGACGACUAUCUACGGGCCGGAGGUGGAACCUCGUGCGUCAGAUUCACAACCGAUCGAUACGGUCCUCUCCCUCCUGCGGAACAGUCCGCAUCUGCGGCAACUCUACCUCCAUUACAAUGCUCGCCUCUUUGCGGAAGUUAACGCUGUGACCGGCGCGAUCACUGGCCUCAAGUCCCUGGUGGGCUUGCGCUGGACCGAGCUGGAUGGGUGCCAGCACCACGGCCCGCAACGCUACCCCGCUGCCGUUACGGACGCGACGGACGCAGCGGUGGAGCGCUUGAUAUUAUGGCCUUGGAAGUACUUUGAUCGUUACGAAUACUGCGCGUUUAACAAUAUCACGAGCGUAUUUGUCAUACUGGACCGCGACGUCUGGAAACUGGAUGUAUGCCCUCUAUGGGCUGGCCGCUGUCUAGGCGAUCCGCGCGAUGGCUACCAAAUUGGCCUCCCCUUCCUCACUUGGCUCGAUCGGCAUCCCAAGGUCGGCCGGAUCUACUUCGACUCCACUCACAAUCGCACCAAAGAUCUGCGGAUCUUCGAUAGAUGCGACUCUCUCGAGCGCGACGAAUCACCCACCAUAAAGAUCCGAUCUUAUCGCCAUGGUGGGGAGGAAUGCUUCCACAUCUCCAUCCUCGUCAGUCAGUCCGGUCUGCUCAGUCAGGCCACACGCACCGGUCACGUCAAGGGGCCUCGGACAUGGCAAGACUACGUCUACUUCAAGCGAGCCGCCACGCCGGUCACUAUGGUGUCCACCGGGGUGAUGCAGGAAAUGAGGAGGGCGGAAGGAGUGACUGAAGAGGAGUGGGACAAACGCGGGGUGGAGGACCAGGCGCCGCGAUAUCGCCGGGCUCGGAGCGGCCUGUAUGCCUCCAUCGCUGAGAUGUACAGACGCCUCGCUCCUCUGUAUAUCUCUUGUCCCUCGCCUGCGCAUCCCGCUGACGCCAUCGCGAUGCUAUCGGCUUUGUGGAACUCCCUCGCGGCGGGUUCCGGCGGGUCAGCUGUCAAUGAUAUCCCUGAGCCCAGCUCUCCCGCCGUGCCCGAUACUCCUUCCACCGCACCCAUUCCCUUUCUCAAAGAAGAUAUCCUGAUCAACAUCGCCGGUCACCUUGAUCUCAGCUCUGCCCUCAACCUCGCCAAAGCCCACCCCAUCUGCGCUCUCGCGUGCCGGUACCGGAUAUGGCGCGACAUCGACCUCACUGUACCUGUCCGAGACACUCGUACCGCCUGGGCCGAGGAUCAAAUUCGGAGGGAUAAGGCGGUCUUGGAGGCGAGGGCCUGGAGCGUUUGGGGGCAGCUGGAGGUGAAGGGGAAGUUCAUCAAGACCAUCCGCUGGUCAGCUCAGGGGCUUUCCACCGAAGUGGUCUGGGAGAUCCUCUCAGACUCCGGGCGCUACAUCGAGUCCAUCACCGUCUUGUCGACCGAACAUCGGCUCGACAAAGCGGACCUGUUCCGCCCCACCUUCGACAUUAUCUUACUCGCACCAAAGCUCCCUAGCUUCGCCAAGCUCACAACGCUUUUGCUCGGCUCGGACUCUGCCAAGACCCCCAACUUCCUCCCUGAUCUCUUCAAAUCAGCGUCUGCUUUGACCGCCCUCGACGUCUGCAUAGAUCUUCGCACCACACCGUCGGACGACCUCCCACUCGAUAUGUCAUCACCGCGGCGCCUCGUCACCACGCAGACCCUCCUCCAGCGACUCCGGAUAGUCAUCUCCAACCCAGAGACUAUCGCGCAUCCGUUUUCGGGUAGCGAUGGCUACCGGCCAGCCACAGACUCGCUCGACACCAUUAUCUCGCUGCUCCGACUCAGCACGUCGCUGGAGCAGCUCAGCCUGGAUUACAAACCACCAUACCAUGAUCGGGCGGACGCUAUCCUCGAUGCCCUGGACAAUCUCCAUCGUCUCUCUGACCUCCGCUGGGCCAAUCUAGAUCGGGCAGCCACGAGGUCGAUCCCGCGCCUCGCUGCGCCGGGAGCCGGGCCUUGCGGCGGAAAGGUUCGGCGUUUGACCUUGGAGUACGAUCUUUGGACCUUGCCCACCUAUGAAUGGCGCGGACUCGAGUCUGUCGAGACACUUGUUCUCGACUGCACAGUCCGCCCAGAUCAUCCCCAGGCUUUCAAGCUUGAUGUCAACGACUUCUUCCUCAGAGCUCUUGCUCAGCGUGGGUUCGCCAAGUGGCUUCUGCGUCACCCCAAACUCUCUCGGAUCUUCUACCUCGGCAAUGUUCCCAACGGGAACACCCUACAGGCGUUUGACCCUCUCGUCGGACUCGAACGCACCGACAUCCCCACCGUUAUGAUUCGGUCGUAUCGACACGGCGAGGAAGAGUGCCUCCACGUCUCGGUCCUCCUCCAAGCAAUCGACGAAGAGUCCCGACAUUCCGGCGGCAGUCGUCCUCGCUUCCUCUAUACGGCGAGACACCCAUCAUUCGCAAAGUACCAGUCCUUCAGCGAGUAUCCGCUGGUAUGGCGUUACACUACAUACUAUAAGCGCCCGAACGAUCCCGCCGGCGCGCGCACUUCUGUGCCAUCGGCGGUGCUGGAGCGGAUGCGGGUAGUUGAGGGGCUUAGCGAGAAAGAGUGGGGAAAUCGGGGUGUGGAAGUGGGGGCAAUGGCUUGGCAGGUAUUGAGGGAAUCCAGGGCCGUCUAA